AUGUGGAACCGUAGUUCCAUUCUGAUUUUAGUAGUGCUAUUAGCAAAUCCGGUACUACCGAAACGAGCUUCUGUUGGUGGCGGUGGAUUUCAACCUAGAGGAUCUAGCGGUGCUAGAGGUGCAAUAGCGUCAGGACGUAUCAACACUGGUGGCUCCUCCAGUUCAAGGAGUUCAGGACGGAUUGGUGGAAUUUCAAGUUCGGGAAAGAGUGGUUUGUACCUGCUCUAUGGGACUUGA